AAAGCGACGCCUGAGAGCGACGCUUGCAGCUGAUAUACCGCUGGCUCAAAAAUGGAGAGCGACACCACUGUCAGGAGAAUAAAACCCUUCGGGACACAGAAUUAUGUAGCGCAGGACAACGACGGUUCCCGGGUCCGGUGUGGGGAUAACGGCUAUAACGGUGACCCGAAGAGGAAGCCCGAAGUGAGCCUAUAUCUGCUGCGGGAAGGGCUGGCAGCUUCCCUGGUCUCUGUGUUUAUUUUGGUGCUGUGGGGACUUGUUCAUUUGUCGUUACAGCAGCUCGUCAUUGGAAAGCCAACAGGCGACUUCAACGCAGUGAGAGCCAGACGGCACUUGGAGCAGAUCACCAGCGUUGGCCCUCGGCCAGUGGGCAGCCAGGAGAAUGAAGUCCUGACAGUCGGCUACUUGUUGGAGCAGAUUGAGAGCAUCCGGGCAGAGACCGCAGCGGGUCUCCAUCAGCUCACGGUGGAUGUGCAGCGUCCCACUGGCACUUUCUCCAUUGACUUUCUUGGAGGCUUCACCAGCUUCUAUGACCGUGUCACCAACAUUGCUGUCAGGCUGGAGCCUAAGGGUGGGACGCAGCAUCUCAUGCUAGCCAAUUGCCACUUUGACACAGUGGCUAACAGUCCAGGUGCCAGCGAUGAUGCAGUGAGCUGUGCAGUGAUGCUGGAAGUCCUCCAUUCUCUGGCCAACCAGUCUACUCCUCUUCAUCAUGGAGUUAUCUUCCUCUUUAAUGGGGCAGAAGAAAAUAUCCUUCAGGCCAGUCACGGUUUCAUUACUCAGCAUCCGUGGGCCAAGCAGGUGCGGGCUUUCAUUAACUUGGAGGCUGCAGGUGUUGGGGGCAAGGAAGUUGUUUUUCAGACAGGUCCAGAGAACCCGUGGCUGGUCCAGGCCUACGUUCACGCAGCGAAACACCCCUUUGCCUCUGUGGUCGGCCAGGAGGUCUUCCAGAGUGGCAUCAUCCCCUCUGACACUGACUUUCGCAUCUACAGGGACUUUGGUAACAUCCCAGGCAUUGACUUGGCUUUCAUUGAAAAUGGUUUCAUCUAUCAUACAAAGUACGACACUGCUGACAGGAUCCUGACAGACUCGAUACAGAGAGCCGGCGACAACAUCCUGGCAGUCCUGAGGUACCUGGUGACGUCAGAGAAGUUAGCCGAUUCCUCAGAGUAUCGUCAUGGCAAUAUGGUGUUUUUUGACCUGCUGGGUGUGGUUGUGGUGGCUUACCCAGCCCGUGUUGGCACCAUCCUCAACUACAUGGUAGCCACAGCCACCUUCCUCUAUCUGGCAAAGAAAGCCUCACUGCCAGGCAAUGGAGGUGGACGCUAUGUUCGAGAACUGGCCUGUGCGACAGGCGUAGCAGUCCUGAGCUGGUUCAUCACCCUGUUGUCAGUGCUGAUUGUCGCUCUGCUUGUCACUUUGCUGGGCCGCUCCAUGUUUUGGUACAACCACUUCUACGCUUCCAUCUGCCUGUAUGGUGCUGCUGCCACGGGAAAGAUGAUCCUCGUUCACACGCUGGCCAAGAACGUGUACUAUGGAGGUGUCCGUUUGGUGGAGCUGGGCGAUCUCUACUUUGACGUGAGCUUGUUGCUGUGGUGCUGCAGCCUGGUGUGGCUGACCCAGCAGGGCCUGUGUUCAGCCUAUGUGCCCAUGCUCAUGGUGGCCUUCCCCCUGGCCACCAGACUGAUGCUGGCAAAAGAAUUUAAACACAGAGGAGCAUCAGUGAAGUAUAGUGUGCUCUAUCUGUUGGGCCUGGCGUUGCCUUACGUCCACUUCAUGUUCCUCAUCUGGGUGGUGUUUGAGAUUUUCACACCCAUAAUGGGUCGCAGCGGCACCGAGAUACCUCCUGAAGUGGUGAUGGCCUCCCUGGUCACCCUAGCAACCAUUUUUCUCUCGUCUUUCUUUCUGCAUUUUAUCUACUUGGUACGGAGCACUAAGUGGAUCCUGGCUGGUCUGGGCUCGGUCUUCAUCGUCAUGUUCCUGUUGAUGUCCUGUGGCCUCCUCUUUCCUUAUUCAGGCAAUCCUGACAGCCCGCGGCCGAAACGAGUCUUCCUUCAGCAUACGACACGGACCUUCCACAAUCUCCAGGGCCAGGUGGAGAGCAAAGACUCAGGUCUGUGGAUCAACAGUUUUGACUACACAGGCAUACAGCACAUCCAACCACAUAUCCCUGAGAUCAACGACAGCGUUCGCACCAGCUGCCAUGAGGACCGGCCCUUCUGUGGUUACCCCUGGUUCCUACCUGUGAAGUUCCUCAGCAAGAAGAACUGGUACCUUCCUGCUCCAGAGGUGUCUCCCAGCUCUCCUGUGGAGUUCAGCCUGCUGUCGAGAGAGGAGACCAGCUGGGGGACGAUCAAGAUGACCUUCAGUGUGAAAGGUCCCAGUCACAUGUCCCUGUAUCUGAUGCCUCACCGAGGAGCCAGCCUCUCCACCUGGUCCUUCGGUGACGGGACGCCUCAGUUCGACCUGAGCGGAGAAUAUUUUGUCUUCUAUUCCCACGGCCUUGAUGCCCCUACGUGGACUUUCUGGUUUGAAAUACAGCCUCCCAGAGAUCCGGACCCAUCAGGCCCUGAGGGGAUGAUCUCCGUUGCCAUCUCUUCCCACUAUUUCUUCGGACAAGAUAGAAGGACUGCUCAACUGGAGGGUAUCCUCCACAAGUUUCCCAUAUGGGCUUUCCCUUCGUCUUGGGUCAGUACCUACGACAUGUACCGAUACUGAGGAUGCCACACAUCACAGAGGCCGACGCUGAGGAGAGCUGAGGGUUGCAGGGGCCCCAGAGUGAGAUAGAAAAGAUUUCAAGGAACAAUACUGAGGACCAGCCCUGACGCCUUUUCUCUCUGACACAAACGCACACUCUAACACACACUCACGCUCCCUCCCAGCCUGCCUGAGAGACCCCCAUCACUGUGUCAGUAGGCUUAGUAGCUAACCGAGCAGGAAGACGCGCUGAGACACGCAAGAGGUAAGCCGAUCCGCUUACGGACUUGACUAACUCGAUGACCGAUGCACUGGCCACCGCAAGCCUCGUGCUCACUCCUGGGUUAGUGAAACAAAGGGGUUAAGUUUUUUUUUUUGUACUCAAUCUGUCGUGCCUUUGCUUUACUCAAUCCAUCUCACUCCCCUUCUCACUUUCCCUCUUGCUCACUUCCUCCUGUUCUUCCUCUCUCAUGCUUCCUGAAUGAAUAACGUCGCAUGGCUACUUCCCCUGCUCUCUCUUUAUCAGCAAACCACUCGGGCCAUUCUCAGACUAGAUGCGUCUCUGGCUUCCUCUGCAGAAAUGACACCACCACUAUAUGCACUGUAGGUGUAGUAACAUACUGAUAGAUCUGUUUGGGAGGGGAAACAAAGAGAGCAGUUUUUGUUCGACCCCUCUUCCGACUUUAACUGGAAACUUUGACACUUUGAAAGUCACUUUUCAUCAACAUGCACUCGUUCAUAUUCUGAGCAAAUAGUUUUUGUAUUAACUGUGAAAUUGCUCAUUAUCAUUCCUCAAUAACACCACUGAUUUGCAGCAAGUCGUACGCCUGUGUUUCAUCGAGGAAUGCCAACAAUCUGCUUUAAUUGUCAGAGAAUCUGGCAUGCAGAGGCAGAAAACUGUGCCUGUUAAAUGAAAACAGCUGGCUUCAGUCAAAAUGUCAAAGUGUCCUUUAAAAAGAGUAGCUUACCUGAAGAUUUUGUGCAGAGGUCAAUGUUGAGGUCUUAAAGUUUUCAGCCUGAUGUGUUCAAGAAAACUUGUAGUGAUUUUGGGCUCGAUGAGACCAGAACUCACAGGGAAACAUCUGAAUGUCCUGUGAUUUAAAACUAUUUCCCGAGCCUUGAGGGUGAUUGGAUGGGAAACCAGCAAUGCAACUCCACGCUCAUUAACAGCACCAGUGGCAGCUUGUUCUGUCUCAGGUGGAGGUGUUGGUUCUUGACAUUUACUGUAAAAGUGUUUGUACUUGUUUUCAAACUUGACUUCUGGUCUGUGCUACGAGCUGUCCUCAGCAGCACCAAUGGAUGUCUAUGUCAUAAACUAAACAGUUGAGAAAACAGAAGAUUAAUCAAUUCUGAAAAUAAUCCUUAGUUGUGGCCUAGAGGAAAGUUAUCCAGUGCAGAUGGAGAUAAGUUAAUCAGACCUUUAUGAAUUUUGAGUUAAUUGUUCUCACUUAAAUGGCAUUAAAACAAAAUUUUGAAACAUCAGGACCUCAGGAAGAAUAGCUGCUGCAAUGCCGUAGCUCAUGGGGAUCCUAAUAAACUAAACUAAAUCAGGUAAAAACUAUGUACAUACAAAUUACAACAACUCAAUAUAGCAAUAUAAAUAUUUAAUUAAUCCAAGUGAAAAAAAUGGGUGAAGCUAUAUUUUAUGGGUCUGAAUUUUCAGAAUCAUUUUCGAGUAGUAUCCUGCAAUGAACUAUGCAGACCAUGUUCAGUCAGUAUGCUCACAAUUACUUAAUCCUGUAUAAUUACCAGCUGACUGUGCAAAAAGUGUAAAUCAGUCUACAGGCAAACACACAUUUCAACACAUCUGAAGAAUAAGAUAAUAAAAAAAAGAAUAUUUACUGGGGGUGUAAUGAUACAUCGAUCUGAAUCAACAUAUCGAUUCAGUGAUCAACAAGUGUAAACAUUACAUAUCGCCAUCUUUAAUAUACACCUUCAUUUUGAAAUUCCCAUAGGACGUUUGUGUCACCAUUCCCAUCCAAGUGCACCUCUUUCCUGUACAUUCAAACUGUGCAGGCGGUCUAGCGAUGGGCAGAUAAUGGCAAGCAGCCAAGAAAAAGACUGAGGAUAAUUACUGAUAUCAUCUCAUAUUGACUGAAUUGAAUUGAAUCAAAGUAGUACAGUGGCCAACUUUGUACUAUCAGCAAAUAUCGUAUUUUCUUAACAAUCAGUUUCAUUUUGUACCAUGAUUAAACUUGUGAUUUACACCCCUAAUGUUAGUACCAAUGUUAGUACCAAAAUGCAUUGUUAUUUCCAGGAAAUGGAAAAUUAUAAGGAAAUAACAGACCUGUAAGAUAAAGCAUUACGGAAAGCAGUUAUAUGUAGAUAGAUCCAGGUGAAAUUAAAUUCUCUUACCAUAAAUAAUCUUAUCUGUAGAGAGAGAGAUGAUUGAGACGGCCUUAAAGAAUCAAGAAUGAGCUGUAAAACGGUAAUCCGUUUGGGAAGCAGUAGAUGAAGCUUGUUAGCCCACUCUGCUCAUGUAAACUCUCAGCUGAGAAACAUCUAGCUAAGCAUCCACCCAGUGAGGAGCUGAACUCUGCUAAACUGUUCAUUUACUGUAACUUUUCUGACCUUCAAGUUGUGCUGAAAUGGUUCUGUGAAUGUAUAUUUAUGCAUUGGUGCUGCUGCGGACGCUUCUACCAGUAACUGUUGUCCACUCAUUUUAUGGUGUGUAUUGCUAAUAUUUUUUUUAUAUAUCACUCAUCUCAUGUGGAGCUGCAUCUUUUUAUUGUCUAGAGCCCAAGUAUCACAACCACAACCUUGUUAAUAUGACCUGUGUUAUGUGUCUACUUCACAAAGCUGACCACAUAGAACACCGUGUUACCGUCAGGGCCGGAUUACACUAGAAAGGAAGUGGUUUGUACUACAUGUUGUCUUCACACACUGGAGGGCAGAGUGAAAAGCUAGCUGUUUAAACAUGGGGAUAAAGGUUAGUCUCUCUUGGAAGGCUUUCAUAGUGUUGCACUUGGUUGCUCACAUGAAAAGUGACAGAAAUAGUUUAGUCAGGAAUGAAAAAAGAGAGCUAAAGAAAAGGUCAAUCCCUUGCUCCUCUCUCACCUCCACCAGGCCCAGUGUGAAAUGGGUGUUAAUGCUGGUUUUGGAAACUUAUAGAAAGGGUCGUACACAGAUCCCACUACCUGGCUUCAGAAAGGUGUCGGGGGAGGUGAAGCAUCUCCACUUCUGGUGUCCCCCAUGGGACCUUAUUUCAGAAAACAUAUAUAUGGUAGUCAACGGCAAGAGACUUUUGAUCCUGUGUCAAUUGCGCAAUGAGUAACACGUGAUGUUUGCCAGUUUAAAAGAUAAUUUGCAAGUCAAGAAAGUCACAGUGUGUUGUAAUGCCAUUAAGUUUUGUGUGAAAUUGCUCAGUGAAGUACAUCUCGUCUCACACAAUAUAACUAACUCCAGCUAGCUAGCUUUUAGCAACGCUAUGGCUAACUUAGCUAUGUUUCAUACACAAAUGUAUUGUUAUCUCACCUGCUGCAUUUUACCCAGUGACUCCAAGCCUUUUAAGCAACCGGAAAGUUCAAGAAUAAGCAAGAGCCGGUGCUUUUGUGAGAACAUCCUGGUACAAAACACAGAGUCAUCACAGCUUUAUCAAGAGAGAAAUUUAUGUCAUCACUUUGGCGAUCCUCUGUUGUCCUUCCAAAUAUGUCUUCUUACAGUCUAAGGCUGUGCUCGUGUGCUCCUAUCCGGUGAUCCUAUUUCCUGAGCCGGGAAAUGGUAUCGCUGACUUUAGUGUGAUCAGGAUCUUAAGGUCGAAAUGUGGAAAAACAUAGCCGUUACAUAGAUGUGUCAGAGCAUUUAAACAAUACUUUGACAACAGUUUGAAGCUUUACAUCAUAAAGUGAUUUUGUCCCAGACUUGUUGCUGCACCAGCACAUCCCCCGAAACUACUGAAAUAUUGCUUUACCUGAUAACUGCUAAUAACUAACUUUUCUAGCUUAUCUGGGUCACGAAGUGGGCAGCGACUGUUAUAACCUAAUACCAUAUUACAAAUUACAUGUAAACAAAAACUGACAUUCAUAAUGUGAACUAAUACCAAGUAUAUUCCCACCAACCCAACAUUUACUUUCAUCCGCUAUGUUUCUGCAUAUAUGACAUCAACUCAGCAACUUGUGUUCCAAACUUGCAGCCUUCCCAAAUUGUCAUUCAGAUUUUAGGGGGUGGUCAUGGGAAUUUUCCCAAUCAGGAACUCUGUUUUCAGAAUAUUCCUACACCACAUGAAUGUAGGGUUAUACUUAAACUGUUUUACAACAAACUACAACUGCAACAUAAUAUUGCUACAAUUCAGAUGAUGAUUUGUCUCUUGCCAUUGACUGCCAUACAUAUUUUUUUCCGAAAUAAGGAGCCAUGGUGGUCCACCAGAAGGAAAGCGACUUUGCCUCUAUAUGCGACCAUCUGACAAGCCCUUCUGAUAGUGUAUAAAGGCCCCUUCAGUGUCACCACUACCUCCACUAUGAUCAAACUUAGUGUCCGACACCAAGAUAACAGCUAUUAAUGUUCUUGUAAAGACUGGUUUGAAUGUUACUGUUGGAAAGAUUUAAAUGACUUAGCUAACUAAUGUUAGAGAGAGAUUAUAUUGAUGGAUUAUAAAGCAUCAUCAUGUUUGUCUCUGGGCUACCUCUGUUUUCUGCUAACAGCAGAGUGGUUCCAUCGUGUUUUUGAUCGCUUAGUCGCACCUGUGUUAUCAAAACAUCAGGGCGACCGUCCCCUCCCUGCUGUCAGUCCCACACUCUGAUGAAAUCUUUUAAACGCAAAAGUCACGUUGCUGCUUGUCGGCAGUUUGACUCCUCUCAUAUGUUAUCACAGGUGGCAUCGGGUUGUAAAAAGACUUGGGAGAUUGUUUGCACUUGGGAGAUCAACUGAGCAAAAUCGUCUUUCGUCCACUUUGUGUUACACCCGGUGACGUGUUGUUGUGAUCCAUGUUGUCCGUUUGGCUUCAGUCACACACAAAAAUAAGAAAUGCUGACAUGACGGAGGCCUUAACAUUUUGCUUCCAAAGACACACAAAAUGUUUACUGUUGUGGACACAAACGUCUCAGUGGUCUUAAAAGCUAUCAGGUGCUGCACUGUACAGAGUUUUUAUGCACGUGAAUUUUUGUCUGUUGGAAAGUUUGAACGUAAAAUCCAUCACAGCCUUCGACAGCACUUGGCGGACAGAAAAACAGAUCGUCCUACUAUGCUCCUUCUUUUAUGCACAAUGUGUAACGAGAAGUCCUCAAAGUACUCUAACUCAAUCUGCUGAGGAAAAUAGUGUGAUACAAUUGAAAGCUCCAGAGCAGGUGACAUUGUUUUUGUCAAAAGCCAGAUGGUCUUAUCAGCUGACUGCAGUAUGAAAACAUGUUAGCGUCCUUUCGACAAGCAAAGCAUUAGACAACUGCUGCUACGAAUUUGACUUUGACUGGAAAGAAGAUGUUACAUUUAAUUGGCCGGUGAAAUAGUUGUCAACACUAGAGAUUUUAUACCUCUCCUACAUUGUUUUUGUUAAAGGACCAUACCUGUGGGAUUAUUAUUUUUUUUUUUUUUGUACAUUUUAGCCAUUUACCACAGAUCAUAUAUAUGUCAAAUAACUGUAACCUUGACAGCAGUGGGACAAGACAUGCUAUUCACUUUGAUAUAUUUUUCCACAUGUCUAACAGAGACUGAAAGCUGCCUGCUGGAAAAAUACUGUACAUGGGAAAUAGUCGGCUAUAAUGUAAAUGUGCUAAAACAAAGGGGGAAAAUAGUACGGUCCUUUAACAUCUUUAACCAUUUCUUCCUGAAACAGAUGUUGCUGCAUUAAAGGGAUAGUUUGGAUCUUUUUAAGUGGGGCUAUAUGAGGCACUUAUUCAUAGUCAGUGUAUUACCUAUAGUAGAUGGCAGUCGCUACACCCCCAGUUUGGAGAAGCAGGAGUACUGACAUGGAAGCUAAGCAAGUACUGCUGUGGAAAGGUGAGCAACAAAAUGUAUUUAAGCUACCUAAAAGAAGGCCCAUUUAUCUAUCAGUUUAAAUGUACACUGUAUUUAGAAUUUUUUCUCUGCUUUACUAAGCCAUCAGACAGCAACUUCCGACAGGGAACUGAAGCUAUUGUAUCGUUCUCUUCUAAGCCAGACUCCAUUGAGAAAAACAGCACACAGCUGCUGGUCUACCACUGCCUCGGUAGGUUAGUUUGUUUUAGGGUUGCACGAUAAUAUCGGGACGUCAUUGGUAUCGGCUGAUAUUGGCUGUAAAAUAAAAUAUCAGAAUCAGCCAACAUGCCUGUAAUAACAGUACAUCAUCAGCAUAGGACAAAAUCGGGUUUAAAAUUAACUAUCAGAAUUGGCCAACAUGCUUUUUCUUAUAUUGCACAAUGAAUGAAUGUUACAUUUAUUGAAAAGUAUUGUAUUUCAUGUGUCCAUCUGCUGGUGGGCCAUCACAAUGCAUGCAUAGUAUGAUGUUAAUUCCACUACAGAGGAGACUUGAUGAUUACUAAAAUUAGGUAGAGAAAAAAAGUGGAUAUAUUGAUAUUGGUUAUCGGUCAAAUGAGUUGUAGUCUCGCUCACCAGACCUUUCUCAAGAAAAGAAAGGUCUGGCUGCGCCGACUCUCACUUUAAGAUUGGAGGAAAAAAACGCCCCGGCUUUUUUUAUUUCUUUCAACAAAUCACAAUCGUUCUGGGCGGUGCCACAGCAACGGUGCGCUUGCAAAAAUAUUGCCGGGGGGAAACAGGUUUUGGUGUAACACGCCCACAAAAAUAACGAAGAUCAAACACCGCAAAAGUUAGUGAUCUAUGCAGUGAACUUCUGCCCACUCAGACUAAAUGAGUUGUUACAUAUCGGCAUAUAGGAUAUCGACAAAAAAUACAAUAGCGUGCAUCUCUAGUUUGUUUGUUACUGUGUGACUCUGGCCUUUCAAAGGGUUAGGUCAGAUUCACUGAAACUAAACUAACUGAUCAAGGUAGAGGUAGACCAGCAGCUUCCAUGUUCAGUGAGUUAAAAUUACUAUUUUUGCCAAUGCAGUCUGGCUUUGACAAGAGCAUAGAUGGGGAACUGAAGCAGUUAACUGCUUCCCUGUCAGAAACGGUCGUCUGCAGGAAGGUAAAGUGAUGAAAAUACUCUCAGUAUUGCAUACACUUGAACUAAUACUGAUUGUCCACAGCAGUAUAUUGCUCAGCUUCCGUGCUGGUACUCCUGCCUGCUUCUCCAAAUUGGAAGAGUGCUGACUACCAUCUACUGUAGGUAAUACACUCACAAUGGAUAAGUACCUCAAACAGCCCCACUUUAAAGGAUCUGAAGUAUCGCUGUACCUCUGUGCUGCUCUACAGCUGUUCAUAAUGGAGUCAACACCGGUCUGCAGCGGAAACACAAACACACACUCACUGUACAUCAGUGUGAGGAGAUAUCCAUCAGUGCUGUGUGGCGGCGACACAGACGCUGCUUUAAGUGACAGACGAUGGUCUAAAUCUGCUUUAUUGAACGUGCUUCAGUUGAUAUGCAGAGUGUCUAUGGGAGAUAAAGCUUUAUUAACAAGUGUAAAUGGAUAUUUUUCUAAAAAUCUGUUGUAAAGUGGCAAAGAGGUUGAUUUUUAUAAGAGACUAAAGGACAUCAUGGAAACACACGAUGGUUUUUUUUUUUUUUUCAAAUGUAUUAAAGUUGUUCAUAUUUCCACCAACAUCAGAGUUUGUUAAAAAUCCACUUGUUUCUAACAGAUCAUCUCAAGAUGAGGCAGCCAUUUUGUUUUGAGUGUGGUUUAUAGUUACAAUAUUAAAGCAGCUCUAUACAAUAUUCAGAGCGUUAAUACAGCAGUAAACACCUAUUUGUUAGGUAAAGAUAUAGUGGAGUGAUGGCGUCCUGAGCAGAGUGAAGUCGCGCUCCCUGUGUGCGUCUUAGCCUGAGCUUCUCUGUUGUUUGUUGUGAUUGGAAGCCCACUGGCUAGCUCAUUUCUGCUGCUCUGCACUGCUCUUAUAUGGCAGUUACCACUGAUAUCAGGGCCAUGGCAUCACAAAAGCGUAGCACCCACCCUCCUGUUCCCUCCCAGGUUAACACCAUUAGCUCUGUCAGCACUGUUGCUUGUUAGCACCGUUAGCUGCUAGCCGUUGGCUCAGAAACCUCCAUGUCGAGAGUCAUGUGUAGACAACCUCUGAAUCACAGAUAAGCUCUGAAUAUCAUAUAGAGCUCCUUUAAAUGGGAUGAUGGUUGAUAUAAAACAAGAGAUGGGGUUGUUAUUAUAAAAGCACGAAUGCACGAGGAACUGCUGUAAAUGUGGGACGGAGCAGGGAGAUGUUUGACUAAAAUGCAGUGAAAUGGCUCAUCCGACGCCGUUGGUGCUCCCACUGUUAGACUGAAACAUACACCGAGCGCUGCUGGAGAGCUCAACGUAGAAAAAAACUCCUUUCAGAAGAAAGUGAAAUCAAAUUGUGACAAAAUCUAAUGUAUUAAUGUAACAUGGUCAAGACUGAAAGGCUGACCAUGCACUGCGCAGCGUGUUUUUUGUUGUUCAGUGUAAACUCACACUUGGAUGUAGCUUUAUCUUCAUCACAUGUAACAGUCAGUCAAGGAAACUAAAAUCAGUCACUCACACGGAUGUUCAUAUCAGCUCGAGGAAUAAGCAAUUUCACUGAAAUCUAUUCUGGGAUACACAUUGAAAUGUCUUAAUGCCUGUUGUCGGAGGAUGUCCUUUUAUUUUUUAAAAAGAUGUUUAAUUUGUUAACAGUUUUGUUAUAGUACUAUACUGUGUUUUAUUGUACAACAUCUUGACUUUUCACCCAUGCCUACUUCUCUAGCUGUUCAGUUUUUGUUCUGAAAGUUAAAUUAAGAGUUUUUUUUUUUUAAAUGACUGAUCAUUGUUUUUCUGUUUUUUGUGAUUGAUUUGACACUUUAACUCAUUGAACUGCUGUUUUGCUUUUUUAAAGAUUGCAUAUUUGUCUGUCUGUUGGAAUUAAGUGAUUGAUAUGACUGUUGGGAUUAGUGGGAUUGAUCUGGUUACAGGGUAUCCAUCUAUUGAAUGGACGGGAUGAUUUUACAUUAUGCAAAAAGCUUGAAUUAAAUUAGCACUUGUACAGCAAUUAAAAACGCUUAUUAUGUU